AUGACGGAAAGAUCACUUCAGACUGUCUCCUCGAAUCUCGCCUCCCAGACGGCGUUGAAAUGUCGCAACUGUUGUGGUACCAAGACGGCCUCCGUGUCUCCAAUGCCUUUCAAAGAGGCAGAGCAGAAAGCCCCUUUCGGUAAUGAGUCUAAGGAGAUGUCACAUGUCACAUGUCACAUGUCGCCUCUGAAGGGAGGAAUCAUCAGACAUGAAUAG